AUGGCUGUAUCAGCAGCGCCAGCAGCGGCAGCAGCAAGAGGACGUGAUCAUUGCGCUGCCCACCGUUGCAACCUCCGUUCUUUGCGCUCUGGUCUCCUCCCUUGGUGGUCUCUCCUCUGCUUCUUUCUUCUCCUUCCGCCCUGCACCUUCCCCUCAUCCGCUUCAGUCAGCGCGCAACCGCAAGUAGCGCACGCAGCGCAAGCGGAAGCUGACUGGUGGGCCGCGCAUGCGCGGGUUGCGCAGGCGGAGGCGGAGGCGGACGAGGAGGGAUUCGAUUGGCUGCUGCGGGAGCUAGGGGGAGGCACCUCCGCGGAGGGGAAUGAGUGGGAGGCGGAGGGCGGUGCGGAAGGAUGGGAGGAAAUUCCGCUGGAAGGUUCCGGGUUCGCGGAGCUGCUGACGUGGCUGCGCGCCAAUGGGGCGCGCGGAGAAGUGUUGGAUGGGAAGACCGUUCGAUUGAGAGUGUUUCAGAUGGAGCUUCCAGACGACACUAGCUUGGACUGGCAGGGUCGGCAAGUGCUGCUGACGAGGAAAGAGGGGGAUCUGAGUGGGGAGAAGGCGGAGGGGGAGAACGUGGAGGGGGGAGAACGUGGAAGGGGGGAGGCUGAGGGGGAGAAUGUGGAAGGGGAGAAGGAGAAAGAGGAGGAGACGAGGGACAACGGGGCAGAGAGGGAGAAAGAAGAUGCCAAGGGGAAGGAGGAGAGGAAGUACAGGCAAGUGGCAAGGGGAGGUGCCCUCGCCGCCUGCCUGCUGCUGCUGCAGCAGCAGGGGGAGGGGGGCGAGCCGGGGGGAAGGGAGGGGGGAGGUGAGGCCGGCGAGGAGAGCUGGGGAGCGCAAGUGGUGGCGGCGCUGCUGGCGUCCCGCACAGCCCGGCUGCUGCCCAUGCUCAGAAACGACCUCCCCCACCUGCCCCUCCUCCACCAGGUUUGCCCUCCCCUUUCCCCUACUCCCUCCCCUUUCCCCUACGCCCUCCCCUUUCCCCUACACCCUCCCCUUUCCCCUACGCCCUCCCCUUUCCCCUACGCCCUCCCCUUUCCCCUACGCCCUCCCCUUUCCCCUACGCCCUCCCCUUUCCCCUGCGCCCUCCCCUUUCCCCUACGCCCUCCCCUUUCCCCUACGCCCUCCCCUUUCCCCUACGCCCUCCCCUUUCCCCUGCGCCCUCCCCUUUCCCCUGCGCCCUCCCCUUUCCCCUGCGCCCUCCCCUUUCCCCUACGCCCUCCCCUUUCCCCUACGCCCUCCCCUUUCCCCUGCGCCCUCCCCUUUCCCCUGCGCCCUCCCCUUUCCCCUACCCAGCUCCCUCCCCUUUCCCCUACGCCCUCCCCUUUCCCCUACUCCCUCCCCUUUCCCCUACUCCCUCCCCUUUCCCCUACUCCCUCCCCUUUCCCCUACGCCCUCCCCUUUCCCCUACUCCCUCCCCUUUCCCCUACUCCCUCCCCUUUCCCCUACUCCCUCCCCUUUCCCCUACGCCCUCCCCUUUCCCCUACUCCCUCCCCUUUCCCCUACUCCCUCCCCUUUCCCCUACUCCCUCCCCUUUCCCCUACUCCCUCCCCUUUCCCCUACUCCCUCCCCACCCCCCUUCCCCUUGAUCUGCUGUUCCACAUUACCGCCGGCAGCGGCAGCAGCAGCAACAGCAGCCCCCCCUCGCUGCCGUCGCUGCAGCAGUUUCUGGCGACGGUGGCGGCCGUGAGGGCGCUGGCUCUGCCCAUGCGCCUGCCGCCCCUGCAGGAGGGGCAGGGGGAGCAGGGAGAGCAACAGGAGCAGGGGGGGGGCAGGGGGAAGAAGGGCGGAAGGAGGGGAGGGAAGAGGUGGAGGAAGCAGAAGCAGCGGCGGUUUGAGUUGACGGUGGUGCCUCUCAUGAAUGCUGUUGUGCGGGCCACUGAGAGGCACCAAGGGAACGUGUGGUGGGAGCUGACCCACGCGGGAUUCCACCUGAGGGCGUCAGAAGUCAUUCCCACCAGGGCUGCUCUCGUGCUGCCUCUCAACGGCGGCCUGCCCGACCCGCUACAGCCCGACCCGCUACAGCGCGACUCGCUACAAGUAGCAGCGCAUGCAGGGGCGCAGGGGACAGCAGCAGAUUUGGAGAGCGAGGAGGAUGAGGAAGGGGAAGGGCGGGCGCGCUUGUCUUCUCUGGGGGAGGUGGAGGAGGCGGACAGGUCUGUGUCGCCGGCCACGUUGAUAUCCAACGACGACGCCUUCCUCUCCCUCGGGAUCAUCCCGGCCUGCUCCUCCUUCGACCGCGUGCAGGUCCGUUCUCAAGCGGCACAGGCCGGUAUUGAGCGGUGCAAGUGGGUUUUGAGUGGUGCAGGUGAUUCCGUCAUUCGCAGCAUCUCAACGCCCGCCUUCCCGAAUCCUUCUUUGCGUUUGCGCUUUGAAGCGCGGGCGGCAGCAGCAGGCAGGAAGGCAGUGGAGCAAGUGCGGGCGGUGAAAGACCAUCUCCUCUCUGCCGCCCUGAAAAAAGGCCUUAUCAUCCGCACAAGUGUCGACACCCGUUGGGGUUGGGGCCUUCACAACAGGAUGCAGCGAAAGGAAAAAGUCUCCCAAGGUCUUUCUCAGAGGGACAGGGGGAAGGGUGUGGUGGAGGGUGGUGGGGAAGGUGCUGGGGAAAACACCCCAGAGCUUUCUGGAGCGGAGGAGCACAGCAGGGCAGGGGGCUUUGGGGAUGGGGAGUGGGAUUUGGAAGGGAUGGGGCGCGUGCUUGAGCAGAUGCUCUUCUGGGAGAGACGGCGGGGCAUGCGAGCGAGGCUGGCCGAGAGACUUGCAAAGAGAAUGAGAGAGGCGGUCGAGAGAGAGAGGGAGAGAGGAGAGGAGGAAGAUGGGGGAGAAGGGGGAGAGGCAGGAGAGGCAGGAGAGAGGAGUGAGAGAGGUGGUGGGAGAGGCAGCGGGGGGAAGGAUGAGGGAGGGAUGGAGGAGGGGGAGGAGAGCGAGGAGGGAGAGGAGGAGGGAGGGGAGGGGCUGUAUGUGUACGCGGAUGGCAGGAUGGACCCUGAGCUCGUUGCUCAGUACAGUGCCGCUGUGCUGCUGGCUGUUACUGGGGAAGGUACUACUGGGGAAGGUAGCUACCAAUUACACAUAGCAGCCCAUGUGUCCAUCCCGCCUCGCCACUUCCCUCGCCACUUCCCUCUCCACUUCCCUCGCCACUUCCCUCUCCACUUCCCUCUCCACUUCCCUCGCCACUUCCCUCUCCACUUCCCUCUCCACUUCCCUCUCCACUUCCCUCGCCACUUCCCUCUCCACUUCCCUCUCCACUUCCCUCUCCACUUCCCUCCACUUCCCUCUCCACUUCCCUCUCCACUUCCCUCUCCACUUCCCUCUCCACUUCCCUCCACUUCCCUCUCCACUUCCCUCGCCACUUCCCUCUCCACUUCCCUCUCCACUUCCCUCGCCACUUCCCUCGCCACUUCCCUCUCCACUUCCCUCUCCACUUCCCUCUCCACUUCCCUCGCCACUUCCCUCUCCACUUCCCUCGCCACUUCCAUCUGCACUUUCCACACCCCACGCGCACGCGCGGAACUCGAUGCCGCGCUGCUAGCAAGAAUAAGCGUGGCACUGGCGUGGAAUCUGGACGGCACCACCACCUGCACGCACAUGCAUCUGCUCUCCCUCCCCUCCCACCCGCUCUUCCUCCCCCUCUCCUACUCCCCCUCCUCUUUCUUGACAAGCCUUCCUGAGAUUCUAGACGUGGUGGUCAGCAGCUUGCAGCUGCCAAUGGGGGAGCUUUUAACGAGGAUAGAGCAGGCGUUGGGAGGGGCAAAGGCAUGGGUGGAGAAGGGGAUGGUGUGUCGGGAAGGAAGGGCAGCGGGGAUUGACUCAGUUCAAGUGGACGAGGCUUGCCAGCUGUCCGUCCUUGCCCACGUGGGUCCAUCCCAUUCGCUGCUGCGAUUCCUCGCCAGCAAGCGCAGCAUCCUAUUGGCUGCCUCCGAUCGCCUCGCCUCCGCCUGCAAGCCCCAAUCAGCAACCGCCACGUCAGCAGCAGCAGCUGAACGAGAUGCAACAACAGUUUCAUCCCAAGGGGGAGAAGAGCAUGAGGAGGGAGGGAGGGAAGAGACAGAGGGGGAAGGAGAGAGGGAGGAGGGAGAGGAGCGAGAGAAGGAGGGUAGCGUGCAAGAAAGGAAAGGGUUUGGUACACAGACCAGGGUGAUUGGAAAGGACAGCCAGAUGGGGUUUGGCAGGGGCGGCAGUGAGCUGACGGGGAGGGCAGGGGUGUGGAGUGAGGUGGCGGGGGAGAGGAUGGGCGAGAUGGGGGAGGAGGAGCGGGUGAGGGUGUUUGUGGAGUGGGUGCGGGCGAAUGGCAUGGCAGAUUACAACAUGCCAGGCUCAGGGAUUGAGGCGCCAGCUAUCAGUGCGGGCAGGGCGGGAUCACGAGGAGGACUCAGUGAUGCUCUCCAUCCCCUCCUCCCUCUUGGCGCCAGCUAUCAGUGCGGGCAGGGCGGGAUCAUGAAGAGGACUCGGCGCCAGAUGUCAGUGAGGGCAGGGCGGGAUCACGAGGAGGACUCAGUGAUGCUCUCCAUCCCCUCCUCCCUCUGGGUCACCACCCCCGCCAUGCUGCAAGCCAUAGGGGGACCCCCCUACCCUGGGCCUGUGUGGGCCUUCACUGUCGCCGCCGCGUGGCUGCUAAGGGAGAUGCUUAAAACGAGGACGGAGUCCUUCUGGUGGCCGUACCUGCAGCUGCUGCCCCGCCACGUCCCCCUGCCGUACUUCUUUGAAGAAGAGACGUUAGAGGAGCUCCAGUUCCCAUCAAUCAUCAAAACGGUGAGUUAUGCUCUGUAUGGUAUGGUGAGCACCUUCACCCGUACCUGCAGCUGCUGCCCCGCCCUGCCGUACUUCUCUGAAGAGGAGACGCUGGAGGAGCUUCAGGUCCCGUCGAUCGUGAAAGCAGUGAGUUACAUUCGAAGCAAUGGGUGA